CACCAAGACAUCACCAAGCCAACGAGCAAGAAGCGGCCUUCGCAAGUUGCUGUUGUUACUCUCAGAAGACGCUGUUGUACUCCUCUCUAGUGCACGUGGCCAAUGAGACAUUCACAGCUGGUUGGUCAUCAAGAAGAAUAUCCUACUCAGCCACAGGGGAGGAAGAGUAAGAACUCUCACUGACUGAGGAGGGAGAGCAUUUUCUCGACACAGAGGAGGCGGCUCUCACCAGGUUGCCACUGACUGGUGUCUCUUUGGUGACUGAAGACCCUGGAGAAAAACCACCUGAGUCCUCACAGCUUCAUCAUAGUCCAAGUGAGGAGAUGAGAGACGUGGAGCCACAGCCCCCCUAUGUUAAAGAGGAUGGGGAGGAGCCACAGCCCCCCUGUGUUAAGGUGGAAGAGGAGGAGCUGCAGUCCACCCACGUUAAAGAGGAAGAGGAGCCACAGCCCACCCACAUUAAAGAAGAAGAGGAGGAGCCACAGCCCCCCUAUGUUAAAGAGGAAGAGGAAGAACUCUCCAUCACUCAGGAGGGAGAGCAUCUUUUAGGGCCAGAGGAGGCUGAUCUCACCAGGUUGCCACUGACUGGUGUCUCUGUGAAGACCAAAGACCCUGGAGAAAAACCACCUGAGUCCUCACAGCUUCAUCAUAGUCAAAGUGAGGCGAUGAGAGACGGGGAGCCACAGCCCCCCUAUGUUAAAGAGGAUGGGGAGGAGCCACAGCCCCCCUGUAUUAAAGAGGAAGAGGAGGAACCACAGAUCCCCUGUGUUAAGGUGGAAGAGGAGGAGCCACAGCCCACCCACAUUAAAGAGGAAGAGGAGCCACGGCCCACCCACAUUAAAGAAGAAGAGGAGGAGCGACAGCCCUCCUAUGUUAAAGAGGAAGAGGAAAAACUCUCCAUCACUCAGGAGGGAGAGCAUCUUCUAGGGCCAGAGGAGGCUGAUCACGCCAGGUUGCCACUGACUGGUGUCUCUGUGAAGACCGAAGACCCUGAUGACAAACCACCUGAGUCCUCACAGCUUCAUCAUAGUCCAAGUGAGGAGAUGAGAGAGGCGGAGCCUUCAUGCAGCAGCUCACUGCAACACAUGACAACAGAAGCUGAUGGAGACCACUGUGGAGGAUCACAAGCAGACAACCUCUUAGCUCCACUGUCAGAUAGUGACGACACAACGUCACACUCUCCUGAAGGUGAAGACAGCGACUUCAACCAAGAAUCUCUGAGCAGCAAUACAGACUGUGAAGGUGAUAUGAUGACUCACACUGGCAACAAACACUCUGAAAGCUCUAAAAAGAAGACAGGUAAACGUUUUAACUGCUCAGUUUGUGAUAAAAGAUUUACUUGUAAGAGUCGUCUGGCUCAACACUUGAGAACGCACACAGGAGAAAAACCUUUUACUUGCUCAGACUGUGGAAAAUGCUUCACUCAAAAGACACACAUGAAAAUACAUAUGAGAACGCACACAGGAGAAAAACCUUUUAGUUGCUCAGACUGUGGAAAAUGCUUCACUCUUAAGACACACAUGCGAAGACACAUGAAAACACACACAGGAGAAAAACCUUUCAGUUGCUCACACUGCGAUGGAUGCUUCACUCGAAAGGCAGACAUGGUAUUACACAUGAGAACCCACACAGGAGAAAAACCUUUUAGUUGCCCAGACUGUGGUAAAUGCUUCACUCAAAAGAUACACAUGAGAACACACAUGAGAACACACAUGAGAACACACACAGAAGAAAAACCUUUUAGUUGCUCAGACUGUGGUAGACGCUUCUCUCAAAAGGCAGACAUGCAAUCACACAUGAGAAGGCACAGAGAAGAAAAACCUUUCAGUUGCUCAGACUGUGGUAAAUGCUUCGCUCGGAAUGCAAUCAUGCAAAUACACAUGAGAACACACACAGGAGAAAAACCUUUUAGUUGCUCAGACUGUGGUAAACGUUUUAAUUAUAAGACACACAUGAAAUCACACAUGAGAACACACACAGGAGAAAAACCUUUCAGUUGCUCAGACUGUGGUAAAUGCUUCACUAAAAAGUCAAACAUGCAAUCACACAUGAGAACGCACACAGGAGAAAAACCUUUUAGUUGCUCAGAUUGUGGUAAACGUUGUAAUCAUAUGACACACAUGAAAUCACACAUGAGAACACACACGGGAGAAAAACCUUUUACUUGCUCCGACUGUGGUAAACGUUUUAAUCAAAAAAUACACCUGAAAUCACACAUGACAACACACACGGGAGAAAAACCUUUUAGUUGCUCAGACUGUGGUAAACGCUUUAAUCGAAAGACACGCAUGAAGUCACACAUGAGAACGCACAUAGGAGAAACACCUUUUAGUUGCUCAGACUGUGGUACACGCUUCACUCAAAAGUCAGCGAUGCAAUCACACAUGAGAACACACAGGAGAAAAACCUUUUAGUUGCUGACAUACAUUCAUGGAAGUCGGCUUUGAUAAGACACAUGCAGAGUCACUGAUGGUCUCCUGCUUGACUCGCCUGACUUCCAUGCAGUCACUGUGUUGCCACUGUGUUGUAAUAUUCUUUGCACAUGUCUUGUUUUUAUUAAUGUGCAAAAGAAAGACACGGUGACUGCAGAAGUCUCUGAUGAAGUCACUUUCUGUUCCAUUACUUCCAGAUUGCAUCUGGAAAGUAGCGAUUUGAUUCCUUUUACUGAUUUGAGGUCUUAUGAUUCACUCAUUGAGGUACGGAUCGCUUUUAGGAGGCCUUUGAAGUAUUUGAGUGAGAGCAUCAUAGUAGUUUUUGGUGCACCGUUAAUUUGUUAUCUCAUGUACUGAAAUGGAAUCAUUAUAUUUUGUUAUUAUUGUAUUAACUAUUGAUGAAAUGUUCACAAGUGUAUUGAUACAAAUAUUUUUUGUUUUCCAAAGCUUUUGUUAGGUAUUUUAUUCUGAUUAUAGUCAUAAUAAAGAAAUUGCAGGCAAAUUGGCAAAACUAUUCACUUGAAUUGGAAAAAGUGCAGUAUUGAUAUCAAUAUCAGUGAUGCUGGCUCUGUACUGCCUGGGUAUCGCAUGGGUUGUCUGAUGCUCAAUAUUAUUAUGGACAUUGAAUGCACCACCUAAUAAAUGAUUGUUUUCCAAUGUAUCCUAGGCCUGUCACGAUAAUCGAUAAACGGAUUAAUCGAACGAUAGAAAAAAAACCAAGGUUGUUCAUUUUGACGCCUUGGUAAAUUGCAUAUACGUAUGCCUGUUCCGUUUCCUCGUCUCACUGUAUGCAGGCUUGAUGACAAGAGGGUUCACUCAGCAUGUGUCUGUGCACGUCGGUUCUGUAGCGUGCUUUUCUGUACUGUUUUUAAACGACUGCUAAGUCCAUGCUUAGAUCUCACAGAGUUCUUGGUUAUUCUUCAUUAUACAUCGGUUAUGUUGUGUCUGUUUGUAUCCACCUAUUGCAUUGCUGUGUGAUGUUUUAGGUCUUUUCUGACACCAUGAGUAGGAUUGGUAUGUGAAGUGGUGAACUCCCGCGAUUUCAGUGGGGUUGAGAAGUUCAUUGUGAGCCUCGUUGUUACUCUGCUUUCAAAAUAAAGGUACGGUACCUCUUCUCACCAACUCGUGAGUGCCUCCAUAGGCGACUUAACGCAGGGACACUAUACUUGACUACCAUCUAGUGGUUCAAAUAUAACAUGACACUUAAUGAAAAAAAUUGUCUAAAAAAAGUGACGAUAAUUGAGUCAAAUUUGUUAUCAUGACAGGCCUAAAUGUAUCACGUCUGCUUUGUUUUAGUUUUCACUACUCGGUUUGGUCACUUGUUUGGGGGUGUUACCAAAAGAAGCAACAGUGUUGACCCAUUGUGGCGGGAAAUGUUUGUGUGAUUGAUUCUAUGGAUUUGAACAAGUUUGAGCACUGGAAUUAUAAUCGGUGAUUUUAAUGCCUUGUCAAUAAAGCUGUAAGCAUGAUUUUAACUCAACUAUGCGUCUGGAGGUCUGUGACUGACUUUACAGCAUCUCAAUAAGGUUCAUGACUGGUGAGGCACUGACCUCGUCAAAAAAAUGGAAGUGAAUUUUACAGGUUUACAGGCACCCAAAAUGUAUAUUAAUAAGGGAUGUGGUUGGUUGGAGCCCUCUCCAAAGAGCACAAGUCGGUAAGUUUUUGUCGUGUGAAGAGUGGCUCUAGACACCCGACACCUCGGGCGCUACACUCCAUUCAGCCUGCCUGUGAUGUCAUUGCCACGCUUGAUACUUCUGUACUUGAUAUUUCUAUAGUUUCUAAGUCCAACUUGAAGCCUUUCAAACUCAUGGAUGGGAGCUUCAGGACAAGAUAAAAGGUAUGCAGGAUACAAAUUCACUUUAAUAUCUACCUGCAGAUGAAAUUUCAUUAAAAUGUGAAAUAUGUUACUUUUGCCCCGGGAUGACUGUGAGGCCGACAUGAAAUGACACUGGAUUUUCUUGCCUGGACUUUUGAUGAUCACAAAAUGUAAAUAGCUGCUCUGCUGACUUUUAAAACAAAUGUCACAGCCCAAGUUAUGGUAUAUUUUGUAGUUCGGUUGUACUUGCCAAGGUCCGUCGGUGGAUCACAGAUUUGGUCUUGACUCAAUGUUACAGCAAUGGGAACCAAAGGCACUAUGUCCCGGUGUGACAUUUGCUCUAACUUCUUUAAUACCUGGGAUAGAGAAGUGAA